AUGGAGGAAGAGGCAAACAUUCUCAGCGUAAAUGUGAAAUGGAUGUCUAAACAGUACAAUGAUAUCAAGUUAUCUUUGGACGAACCAUUGCAAACCUUUAAGGCACAACUAUGGUCAUUGACCGGAGUUCCUCCUGAACGUCAAAAAAUUAUGCACAAGGGCAUAAUUCCAGACAAUGUCGCGCUAUCCACUCUUAAUUUAAAAAAUGGAUCCAAGCUUAUGCUAAUUGGAAGUGCUGAUGCUCCUCCGGAGUGUAAUGAACAAAUCAAAUUUUUUGAAGAUAUGUCAUCCCAAGAAAAAGCCCAGCUUCUCAAUGAGAAUAAGUGUGCACGUCUGCCAUCCGGAAUCGUAAAUCUAGGGAAUACUUGUUAUUUUAACUCUAUAAUUCAGUUCCUGGUCCCAGUAACAGAGUUUUGGGAUGGAAUCUCUAAAUCGAAUACUCAAGAUUCACGUCCAUCUAACCCAUCUCUUUUGGCUCGAUCUCUUUUGGAUAUGAAAAAUCGCUUACCUAACACAUUAGAUCCGUUCGUACCCCUGCUACAGAUUCCAAUUUUGAGGAAAAUUAAUCCAUUAUUUUCAAGAAAGGAUGAAAAAACGGGUGUAUAUUUGCAGCAGGACGCUGAGGAAUGUCUGAAUUGUAUCCUAUCCUCUAUAAAUAAAAUAUCUGAUGAAAAUGUUUCUGAUAAAACUUUUGGAUUCUCAACUAUGGUUAGUUUUGAGCCAGUUCAAUCGAGUGUUAACCCUGAGGAUAAUAAUAAAUCUGAUUUGGCACCACCUCAAUCUAGCAAUUUGUGUACUUUUGAACAUAAUUUAGCGCUAACUUGCUACAUGGGAACGCAACUAAAACCAGUUGGGGCCAUCAUGGAGGGGAUAAAUCUUUCCCUUAAUGAGGAACUUUUAAAAUUUUCUGAAGAAAGUGGAAUGGAUAUUUUACAUCGGAAAGUUAGCAGGAUGAGCACAUUACCAAAAUAUUUGAUUGUUCAUAUUGUACGUUUCGAGUGGAAGCAAAAAAGUCAAGUGUCACAUACAGAUGCUGUUAAGGCGAAAAUUUGCCGUAGGGUAAACUUUGAACGUUCAUUAGAUGUAACCAAUAUUUGUACUGAGGAUUUGCAAAAAAAACUUAGAGCAGCGAAUGCGAUUGCACUGGAUAGUGAUGAUUCAGGAAAGGAUCAAGAUAGUGCUAUAACAAAUUUUGAUGGAUAUGAACUUUCUAGUGGAAAAUAUGCAACCGGAAGGUAUGAGCUUAUCUCAGUUGUUACUCACCAGGGAAGAACUACUGAUGCAGGGCAUUAUAUUUGCUGGACCAAAGAUACAAGAGAAAAAACUCCUGACUCAAAUGACUCCCCCGUAUCAAGCGGCUUUAAGGCAAAAAAAUCAAAGAAAAUGAACGACAUAUGGCUGAAAUUUGAUGACGAUAAGGUUUCCGAGCAGGACUGGGAUUCCUUUGAUCUCUGUGGAGGAAGAAGCGAUUUUCAUAUCGCCGUUCUAUUACUCUACAAGGCAAAGACUGUAACUGUUCCAUGUAAUAAAACUAUAUAGCACCAGCAUUUGGCAGAUAAAUGUACUAGCACCCACCAAGCCAUUU